AGAUCCGUCUAUCGACGGAAUUCCCGAACACUCCGCCGUUUAAGCCGAAACUACGACUGGGAAGUGGACGAACACGGCGGUUUACGGCCGAUCAUCAAUCCAGCUAAGGUGGAACGAGCGACAAAGGAAUGCGCUAACGAUUCCUAUAUACUCAGUACAAUUAUGCAUAACUAUAAUAGGCAUAAAAUUCCCGGUGGACAGGUCGAAGUUAAAGUCGAAGUAUGGGUUCAGGAAAUCACUACGAUUUCUGAUAUUACGAGUGACUUCCAGGUAAGGAUUACUGUUUUUUUAUCCUCGAACUAA